AUGAUUAAUCCAGAGCCAGAAAAUUCAUCAUUAUUGCGUUUUCAAAGUAUACAUGUGUCUGAAUAUAUUUGCGAUAGUCGAGAGCAUCCUGUGAUGAAAGUUAGGAACUGUCAGUUUAUACCAGCUGGCCUAGACGGUGUUCCUGCAGAGAUUUUACCACAUUUGGAGUUGGCUGGCUUUGCUGGAGUGGCGCAGCUUGCUAACUUUCCAUUGGAUAAACAUUUGAUCACUGCAUUGAUUGAGAGAUGGAGGCCUAAGACACACACGUUUCAUAUGGCACCAAGAAAGUGCACUAUAACGCUUCAAGAUAUAGCCAUACAAAUAGGUCUUCGGGUUAAUAGACUUCAAGUAUAUGCAGCGACCAGCGGUAAUUGGCCGCAAAUAGUUGAAGACAGGCUAGGUAUUAGGCCACCACCAGAGACUUUUGUGGGAGCAGCUUGA